AUGUCCUCAGGAGCUCUGCUGAGCAGUGGCUGCUCGUCCCCCUGCGAGGUGACGUGCCCCGAGCCCUACGUGGACGCCUGCAGCCAGCCCUGUGUCACCUCCUGCGGGGACUCCCGGGCCGUGGUCUACCCUCCUCCCGUGGUCAUCACCUUCCCAGGCCCCAUCCUGAGCUCCUGCCCCCAGGAGAGCAUCGUGGGCACCACGCUGCCAGCACCCAUCGGGGGCUCGGGGGGCUCCUUUGGGGGUUCUUACGGAGGAGGAGGAAGCUCCAUGGGGGGAAUGGGGGGCUCCUAUGGGGGCAGCUCCAUGGGGGGCUCCUAUGGGGGCAGCUCCAUGGGAGGCUCCUAUGGGGGUAGCUCCAUGGGGGGUUCUUAUGGGGGCAGCUCCAUGGGGGGAAUAGGUGGAUCCUAUGGAGGGGGCAGCUCCAUGGGGGGCUUUGGGGGCUCCUAUGGUGGGGGUAGAUCCUUUGGCUUCGGGGGUUCCUAUGGAGGCAGGAGGUCCUUUGGGGGCUCCUAUGGAGGCAGAAGAUCCUUUGGCUCCAGCUCCUCUGGCGGGGGCUUCGGGGGCUCCUGCGGUGGAGGCAGCUCCUAUGGGGGGGGUUCCUAUGGAGGGGGCAGCUCCUACGGAGGGGGCAGCUCUGGUUCUGGGAGGUUUGGGGGAGGAAACUGUGGCUACUUUUACUUCUGA